GCCACCCGCGAGCUACUGCUGCCGACGUCCACGACGUUAUCGACAUAUCGUCUCGGUGUCCGACCAGUCUCUAUGGCACUCUAACGCCGUGGCUGCAGGCGGCAGCUGCUGCCCAUGGCCAUGUCUCGGAUUGAACUGACUCGACACACUCCUGUCGUUCGAUUGCGACGCCUCAUCGCUCCCGGCGGAGCUUCAGAUGGCUUUUCCUGUGGCACACCCACAUCGCUUGCGUGUUUGUAAGUAAUGCAGCCUUUCCCCCCACACUCCCGCUUCAUACGCCUCAGGCACUCCCAAGCGCUCUCGCCAGCACUCCUGUGCGAUUCACGGGCCGUCCCCGACUGAUUAUGACUGUUAACGUCGCGCCAUACCUCGCUUUCCAGAAGAUGACCUCCAACCCGCCUCACAACUCAUCCAUACACCCCCGUCACCACGCUGCCAACUACCCAUACCCUCAGUCGCGUCACCCAAGACGCUCACACUCCCCCGCCCCCACCAACCACCCACCACAAACGUCUCGUCGCCAGGCACCUCCCCCUCCACCCGCCACCGUCGACGAGUGGAACACAGAGCUCAGUCAGAAAUUAGCGAAGAAGUACCUCAUGCUCGUCCACACCCAGAAGAAGAAGCAGGCUGCUGCCAAGAACGGUGCUCCUCUGCGUCCCAGAAUGGAAAUUUGUGACGUCCCAGACUCGCCUGUCAUCACCGCGACGCUCGAGAUUCCUGGUAUCAGGAAGGAAGAGAUCGGCGUCACAGUCAUCCCUGAAGGUCGUCUCACCAUCUCCGGUGAACGACGCGCGCCUCCCCUUCUCCAUAACGACUCGGAUACGAGUCUCCCUCGGUACCCUGUGCGAGAAGUCAAGUACGGAAGAUUUGAGCGCACAAUUAGCGUUCCACCUGGGUUGGAGGUCUCUGAUAUCACCGCAUCCCUCGUAGAUGGCAUGCUCUCCGUCUCCUGGCCCCGAGUCUCACCUUCAUCUCGCCAAACCUAUCCCACUCAUCCUGAUGCAGCAUCAUCCCAAGUACACCCUCAUAUGCUUGACACUCAGUAGCUGGGUCAUCGCCGCGUCAUCCCCCUCUCCUAGUCAUCCCCCUCUCCUCUCAUGGUACAUUGCUUUCUCGUUCUGUGCCUAUUUACUGGGCCACAUUAGUAACGAUCGUUUCUGGAUGCAGUGCCUCAUACUGCGCGACCUACACCACACUCCAUCCUUCAUCCAAACAUAUUCCAAUUCGUCAUCUGGGUUUGGUCAUAGCCUCGCACCCACUCUAUUCACGCCUUCUGCGAUCUCCUUCGUGACUCGACUUCCGUCCAAGUUCACGUACCCGUCAUCGCACCACCAUUUUGGCCUCGUGGGUCACCCGUGUACAGUCAUAUCCAGUCAUCCGUCCUAUUCUCUUCGGAUCCACCAGGAGCCGAACCUUCUAAAUCUAGCAUACCGAACUACGCCACACCUCCAUCGAUUCGCUUACGCGUCCCGCCAGUUCUUUUCAUCGGGAGUUUGAGUAACCCUCUACACCCAACGGUGGCAUCCGAGUCACACCCUCGCCUAUACCCCCAUUUACGCACAAGCUUCAGGCCAUCCGAUCCCCGUCCGAGACCGGAGAUGCCGAGUUCAUACGUCUUUACUAUACCUGUUCUCUUUCUCACUCUGGGGUCCAUCGUUGGCGUUUGAUGAUCUAUAUACAACUGUACACCUUAAUGCGUGGCGUGGCGGUUCCGGUACCUCUUGCGUGUUUGGGUUUCUGGGUUCUCUAUAGGUAUCCUCGAUCACCAUCACAUCCAUAACUGAGGGCAAGAUCGAGGCCGCAGUCGACGUGGCCCCACCUCGUCCCACCAUUGGCCGUCCAACAGAACUCUCUGGACUCUCACAGCUUCUUCCCACCGCAAUCUCCAUCGAGAACAAUCUGGAUGACUUCGCUUCUUCUCCUUCUCGGCUUGGGAGCGUUGGAGUGGCUGUGGCGUGGCGUCAAUAAUAUGAGACGGGAACACCUCGGGAAGAGGGUGCGUGGUGCGGAGUUGGAAUCUGAUAGGGCGUUCUGGGAGGGAGGGAAUUUUGGGCAUAGGGGGGCGUGGGAGGGAGAUGUGACUCGUGUGAGAGCUCGUGGGGGGUUUCGUAGCCGGACGAAUGGGUAUCCUGAUACCCGACCUUUCCUUGGAGAUGAAUUGGGUUGUCGGAGGUGGCGACUCUGGCAUGGGGUUGUUGGGGUUACAUGGGCGAUGCGCCGUGCGUGCUUUUGGGUUUAGGUGUCUCAUCCUUUUUUUUUAUCGUGGUUUAUGCUGCGUCUGAGGGCUCACCGUUUACCUGUCUUCUUCCGGUCUGUAUUUGUAUACAAAGUCGCUCUUCAUCUGUUUCCCUUUCCCCUUUUCUAUAUUUCGGUCACUUCAUCCAGGUCAAAUCGCGCACAACUCAGAAGUCUAUACUAUACAUUACGCUUUUGUACUAAGGGCUACGGGCUAUGCGUGGCGCUGAGCGGGCCACGCAGCAUCUAAUCGUCUCUAUCCUCUCCUCUCCUCCCUCUUCUCUGUGCUUACCUAUCAUCGACUUUCGUCUGCAUUAUAUCUCGUAUCCUCCCAUCGACUCGUGUUCCUUUCUCACUCAUAUACACGAAUACUUAUAGCAUAACAGCAAAUCGCACAGACACUACAUACAUACAUACAUAUAUCUCUCCAUUCAUUCAUCGCAUAGGCUCUCUCAUAUCGUUCUCUGCUCUCUGUUACCCUGCUUUCGAACCUUGUUCAGGCCACCGACUCACCGUCAUUGCAUUUUUC